UCGAUUUCGCUUUCUUUAUAUUUUUCCAGUUCGUUUGCACAAUGUCGAAAAGUCUGCGCCCUCUUAAAAUAACCAUCGUCGGGGAUGGCAUGGUGGGCAAGACCUGCCUCCUGAUAACCUACACACAGAACGAAUUUCCCGAGGAGUAUAUACCGACUGUAUUCGAUAACCAUGCCUGCAACAUAACGGUCGAUGAUAAUGAAUACAAUCUAACACUCUGGGACACGGCCGGGCAGGAGGAUUACGAAAGACUGCGUCCAUUGAGCUAUCCCAAUACGAACUGCUUCCUAUUGUGCUAUUCCAUCAGCAGUCGUACCUCUUUCGAGAACAUUAAGAGCAAAUGGUGGCCGGAGAUUCGUCACUUUGGCACCAAUGUACCCGUUGUUCUGGUGGGCACUAAGCUCGACUUGCGUAUACCGAAUUCGGAGAAAUUUGUGACCACACAGGAAGGCCGRCGGCUGCGCAAGGAGAUUCAUGCCCAUAGUUUGGUCGAGUGCUCGGCCAAGAAGAAGCUGAACUUAGAGCAGGUGUUUGAGGAGGCGGUGCGUGCGGUGGAAAAGAAGCCGGGAAAGACUCCACCAACGUGCAAAAUACUUUAAUUAAGUCCUAUGCUUAAUGUUUAAUAUUGUUAUUAUACGUAAUUGUAUUAUGUAACUAUGUAAUUGUCUGAUUAGCGAGCAUUCGACUCGCAUCUUCCACAGUGUGUGUGUAGAAAAAUGUAUCGUUAUGCUUUAAUUAUAAGAUGUAGUUAUGGGAAAACAAUAUUUGUA